AUGCUCGCAUGUGUGCGGGGUAAAACUUCUCCAUUUACACUGGCAUUGUAUCUGCAGUUUGGGGACAACUUUCGUCACCCUGCACGUACACGUGCCAUCACUCUCGAGCAGCUCGCCAGUGUCGAUGUUGAUCCCAACGAUCUCAAAGCUUUUUUUGCUGCAUGCGCAGAAUUCUGGCUAAAUAGUGUCUUCACACCUUUCUGGAAGAACUGGCGGUUCGGUGAUCCUGCAAUCUUCCUUACACCGGAAGCUCUGCAUCACUGGCACAAGCAAUUCUAUGACCACAACGUGCAGUGGUGUCUUGUAGUUCUUGGAGCGGUGGAAUUCGAUUUCCAGAUCUCAAUAUUGCAACCUGUCACAGGCUAUCGCCAUUUCUCCAAUGACAUCUCCAAACUGAAACAGGUCACGGGCAGAGUCCACCGCGAUAUACAGUGUUAUAUCGUUGGACUCAUUGUUGGUGCAGCCCCUCAUCGAUUUGUGGUUGUAAUUCGUGCUUUGAUGGAUGUCCGGUACUUAGCGCAGUCUCCCUCACCUGAUGACAGCAUACUGGAAUCUAUCGACAGAUUGCUCGCAAUAUCUCAUGAUAACAAGGAUGUCAUUAUGACCCUAGGCGCUCAGAUGGGUAUGAAGAGAGUCAUCAAAAAUUGGCACAUACCCAAGCUGGAGCUCAUGCAGAGCAUUACCGCUAGCAUGUCCCAAGUUGGUGCCCUCAUCCAGUGGUCUGCGGAUGCGACCGAACACGCACAUGUCUCUGAAAUCAAGGAUCCAGCACGGCGCACGAACAACAACAAUUACAAUCCUCAAAUUUGUUGUCACUUAGAUCGAGCAGAGAAGCUGCAUCAUUUUGCAAUUGCUACGACUCUUAAGAGCCUUCCCGCUGAUCCCGAUCUCGAAGAACUUCGUGAGCAUGAAAAUUCAAUAUUCCUGAUCUGCAGUACACUCUCUCAGACUUCCUUCAACGCGAUGCAAAGAACGGAGAUGGAGUUUUUGGGGUGGGGGUCCCAAGAAGAUCGCUGA